AUGGAUCGUUUGAGCAUUCCCCUUGUCCUUCUCUUCACUCUGGCUUCAGUCACACCCAUUAUGGGGUGUUUCUGUGACCACUACCAAUGGAGUUCAUGGUCCUAUUGUACCAAAACCUGCAACUCUGGAACCCAAGAACAUAAAAGGACUGUGCGUCAUGAUGAUCACUGGACAAAAAACAAGUGUGGCCUGCUGUGUCAGACUCAUGAGAGGAAAGUGUGCAAUACUGAUGCUUGUCCUAUCCACUGCCAACUGACUGAGUUCAGACCCUGGUCAGAGUGCUCGCCGUGUGACAAAAAAUAUUUCAGAACCAGAUCUGUAUUGAGGCUGGCUCAGUUUGGCAGAGAAGACUGUAGCAAACCACUUUUUGAGGAAAGACCUUGUCAUCCCUCCAAGGAAUGCAGGAUUGAGCCUGUCAACUGUAAAGACACGUUGACCUGUGACAGUGGAAGAUGUAUCAACUCUACUCUGGUGUGCAACAACCAGAACAACUGUGGAGACGACUCUGACAAGAGGAUUUGCGGGAAUACAAAACAAGUGUGUGCAAGUCAAAGGCGGUUUGCUUUCAUUCCUGGAGCAGACCUGACUGGUCAUGGAGGAAAUGAGGGGUGCUGUUCUGGAUAACUCGUUCAUGGGAGGGGACUGCAAUUUACAAAAACAGCAGGAACUACUAUCGGAUCCCUGCCAACAUUGAGAACAUUGACAUCAAGGUGGAAUAUCUUGAGGAUGUUCAAGAAAAAGCAGUCAAACCUGAAAAAAAUCACCUUGACCAAAGAAUCAUCAAGAUUCAUGCUUUCUAGUUCUUUCAAGGGGCAAUCAAAGCAUCUCAAAAAAAGGUAAGGGACGUCUUUUAAACCUCAAUUUAUCUCCACCCCUAACAGUAUACAAUAUAUAGGCCUACGUUUGCACAUAACUAAAACACAUUUUUAACUUUAUGUAUUUUUACUGAGUUUUAUAGGGUGUGUCAAGUUGUUGCCCAUCAACGUUCAAAACGAAAUCCUCUGACCUCUACUUGUCAGAUCUGUUCUUUCAGUUUCCAAACAGCCUGCCACUGUAAUACAACUACACCCUUUACAGACAGAUCUUUCAGAUGUUUUGGAAAUGUUAUUCCAGCUCUGGCACAUUUGGGGGGAGGUAUGACCUCCUUUUCCAAUACAAUCGGGAAGAACUGAAAAACUCUGGAUUGACAGAAGAAGAAACUAAAUAUUGUCUUGGUCGGGAUAACACCAUCAUCACUAUAUUCUACAAUAGAAUAUCACAUAGUUCCACCUGAGGGAAAAAUUGUCUUUUAUAUUUUAACGAUUUAAUGAUAUUUUAAUGUUUCAUCCUUUUUCCAUUCUUGUUCUAUUAUAAAACCAUAUGAAAAGUGUAUCACAUCAGUGCAAGUAGGUAGAGCUGAAUUUACGGCAGCCCUGGCCUUGGAGAUCAAGGGUGUAUCACCAAACAGCAAUACGUACAAGGACUGGAUCAAAUCUACAAUAGACAAUCCAGCUGUUGUAGAUGUUAGGAGGAGAAACAAAGAUUUAUUCGAUUUGGAAGUGGUCCCAGAUUAACCCAUCAGAUAUUUUAGGGUACAAAAAUAUCCCAGUCUUCUAAAAGAAUUGCUUCUGAGCAGUUUAAUAAUUUUUUGUCAAUGUCUUAACUAGCUGUUGACUUUAGUGAAUUUUGUGCGGGGCUUCCCUUGUGCUGCGACAAAGAGAUUGCAUCUACACAGGGCACUGGAGGAAUACCAGACAGAAUUUGACUCUUGCAAAUAUGCCCCCUGCCCAAAUAACGCACAGCCAACUCUGUCUGGAACACAGCGUACUUGUAUUUGCCAGACUGGGACCUACGGAGAUACCUGUGAGAAACGAGCACCAGACUACACUGCAGGUUCAAAUGCUUGCUUGCAGAUAUCAGCCAUAUGUAAUGUAAUUACUGGUGGUGACCUAGUGGUUAGAAAUUUUGACUGGUGUUACAAAGGCUUUAAGGUUCAAUCCAAGAAGAGAUUAACUAGAGGGUUUGCUAAAAUCCAAUUAUGCUGGUAUCCAGUCACCCAAAAAUAGGAUUGUUCACCCAAAAGUGAAAAGUCUGUCAUCAUUUACCCAUUAUGUACUUUCUUUCUUCCGUGAAACACCAAAUGAGAAAUUUAGCAGAAUCAAAUUUCGCAAGAAUACAAUGAAAUUGGAUGAGGAACAGGGGCUGUCAAGCUCCAAAAUAAUAAAAAAGUACUAUAAAAGUGUCAUAAACGUAGUUUAUAUGACUUUCAAAGACCUAAAUUAAAGUUUUUCAAUGUAAAUAAAAGAACAGCUGGAACUUUCUGCUAUAAAUAACUCCUUUCAUGUUUCACAGAAGAAAGAAUGUCAUACAGGUUUCAAAAAACAAGAGGUUACAUUUUAAUUUUUGGUUUAACUAUUCCUUUGACCACAGGUAGCUACAGAGGAACUCUGUAUGAAAUAGUAUACUGUAAAUUACUUUGGAAAAAACAUCAGCCACUUGACAGAUCAACAAACCUCAGUAUGAUUAUGGAGAUCAUGAGGAGUUUGUUUGCUUCACUGGCUAUGAGCUGGAUGGAUACCAGCUCAUCCACUGUCUGCAAGAUGGUACCUGGUAAAAACCAAAGGGAUGGUGCUGUAUAAACUCAACGGAAUAUAAACUAUGAAAUAUAAAAAAAGCAUCAUUUUUUAACUAAAAGCUAAUUUUGUCCCUUACAAUUUUCACCGCAUAUGUUUUCCUGUCAUUGCAGAACAAGUUUGCCCCAAACCCAAAGUGCCUGAUGACAUGCAGAUACAGCCAGACAACACAGAGUAUACAGUAGGAAGUGCCAUCAUGUUGACCUGCUUACAGUGACAUGAGUCCCUCAAGUUUUGCUUGGGAGCCAAACAUGGCACAAGAUAUACACUGCAAAAUUGAAUCAUUGUGAGAAACCACCCAGGACAACCAGGAAGGAGAAACCACCUAGGACAACCAGAUAAAGAGAUGGGCCCUGCUCAUAUACAGUAGAUUUGGCAGAGAUUAUGACAUCACUGAUCUACCUGCGGACAGGAAUUCCCAGCAUGACUCAACACUAUUAUCAGAUGCUGGACAUUCAGUGCUGGCUGGCUUCCCCACUUGCUGACUAUUUUUCCAAUCAGUGUCUGAGUCGCUGCUAUUAUUAUGUCACCAUUUCAUAAUCUGAACGGGUGUUUAAAGCGUUACGUUUCAGUAAACAGUGUGUAAAUGAUGUAUUUGGGAUAAUGUAUUCAUUUUGUAUUUUGAGGGCGGUUGUAAAAUAGUGUUUUGUCCAAAACUCUCUGGAACACAUAAACCUCUGUCUUCAGUAAGUUGUGCAAUAUUUGUUGUUCAGCUCAAUGACCAAUCCCUGGGUAAAACAAGGGUCAAAACUCUAUUGAGUUGAGAUCUAUUGAACAGCGGCAAUUUCUCAGGGCCAGCAAAGCCUUCUCUGCUGGCCUAACAUGCCAAAUAAGUAAAUAUUUUUCAUCCUUUCAUUCUCAAUCACCUUUUUGUCAUCUAUUUUUAAUCACUUUCCACUCUUAAUUAAUCUACAAACAAAUAGAGAAAAAUGAAAAGUUUAUCCAGUCAGAAUUUAUUCCUUGAUGCUUACAAGCAAAGUGUGAACUGUUUCACAAAUCGCAUGCCCGAAGUCAUGCUCCUUUGCCGAAGCAGCGCAUGAGUCUGAGCUCCACUCAUGCGUUGCUCCACCUUUAGAAUUUCUUCAGAAUCCCUCAACAGUGCAAAUGA